AUGUACCGCAUGGUCAAAGUACAAGCCGAAGAUCAACGUCUGCAGCGUAUUCUGUGGAGAGAUUCUCCAGAAAUUCCGGUCCGUACUUACGAGCUCGUCACUGUAACUUAUGGUACAGCAUGCGCACCGUAUCUGGCAACCAAGUGCCUUCAGCAGUUAGCAGACAGUGGAAAGGAAUCGUAUCCCGAAGCAGCAAGGAAUCUACAAUACGAUACGUACGUCGAUGAUUCUCUCACUGGAGCGAAUUCAGUCGACAGUGCGAUAAAGUUAGCGACGGAGAUGAUUGAAUUAGCAGCAGCAGGUGGCUUUUUGUUGAGAAAGUUCAACUCAAAUUCAGCCGACGUACUGUCUGCAUUACCGGAUCAUCUUAUAGACGAGCGCGCUUCCUUGAACUUGGAUUCUACGACUGCAGCUGUGAAGACGUUGGGUUUAGUAUGGAAACCUACUACCGAUUGUUUCGUUUACGACUGUCCAGUUUGGAGCGACAAGGCCAAGAUCACCAAAAGAGUUGUGCUUGCAGAGACAGCACGCCUUUUCGACACGAUUGGACUUGUGGGCCCCAUUGUUGUCAUCGCGAAGAUAUUUCUGCAAGAUCUUUGGAAACUGCAGUGUGGAUGGGACGAUUCACUUCCAGAGGAGAUGCAGAACUUUUGGCAGGAGUAUCGGAUGAAUCUGAAAGCUCUAUCUUCACUCUCGGUUCCACGUUGGUUGACCUUUCAUUCCGAAGCAGCAUUUGUCGAGAUACACGGUUUUUGUGACGCAUCUGAAAAGGCCUACGGAGCCUGUGUUUAUUUUCGCUGUACUGCAGAAAAUGGUGAAGUUACCGUCCGUUUGAUAACCGCAAAAUCCAGAGUAGCAUCUUUAGACGACCUGAAGAGGAAGAAGAAAAAGCAGACAAUCCCGCGCCUCGAGCUUUCAUCUGCUCUUCUCUUGGCUCACCUCAUACCACUAAAGGCUGCCAGUGGCACCACGUUGCAGGAGUGGAAAAUCCAGCGGACAUGCAUCUCGAGAGGCAUGAUUCCAGCACAGCUUCAGUACCAAACGAUGUGGUUUGAGGGUCCACUUUGGCUGCGACAAGACCGCAGCACCUGGCCAGCUUCAAGCAAUCCAGAACAAGUUGAACAGUCGUUACUAAAAGAGCGGAAAGUAUGUUCGUUUCCUGUUACACCCGUGACUAGUGAAAUCUUCGGUUGGCGUGAGAGGUUUUUGGAUUUGAUUCAUCUUGUUGCGUGGAUGCUCCGAUUUGCGCACAAUUCCAGUUUGAGAAACCCACACCAACGAUCUUCCGGAAGUUUAACGUACGCAGAACAGUAUGCAGCCAUCCUUCACGUCGUUCGUGUAGCACAACAGGAAAGUUUCCCUGCCGAAUUCGACGCUCUCCAGAGAGGGCGACCACUGAAAGCGUCAUCCCCGAUCCUCUCUUUGAAUCCCGUGUUUGUCGAUAGCAUAAUUCGCGUUGGCGGCCGGCUAGCGCACGCACCGAUAAGCGAAGACAGAAAACAUCCGAUGAUCCUGUGCAGUAAACAUCCCCUGUCGAAAAUGAUAAUAGAGCACUACCACCCCUGUUUUUUCCAUGCCGGUGCUCAACUUCUUGUUUCUUCCGUCCGUGGGAGAUUUUGGAUCACCAGAAUCAGAUCGUUAGUCAACACAGUUCUGAACGAAUGUGUGCAGAGUUUUCGUAACAAACCACGCGUAACAGAGCAGCUUAUGGGCGACCUGCCAGCAGAGCGUGUUUCGCCAUCGAAUCCAUUCGAGAACGUUGGAGUAGAUUAUUGUGGACCUUUCCUAGUAAAAUAUCCUUCAAGUCGUCGAAUCCAACCCUGCAAAAUGUUCGUUGCUAUCUUCGUUUGUUUGGCUACGAAGGCAGUCCAUAUAGAGCUGGUCACGGACCUGACCAGUGAUUCAUUCAUCGCAGCGUUUAAACGAUUUGUUGGUCGUCGUGGGAAACCUCGAGUUGUGAUGUGUGACAAUUCGACAACUUUCGUUGGUGCUCGCCGAGAAUUGGAUGAACUCCGUCUGCUUUUUCGAAACGAACAGUUCCAGAGACAUGUCGUCCAUUCGGCAGUAGACGACGAAACCGAAUUCAAAUUCAUCCGGCCAGGAGGCCUCCGCUCCAGGGAAGUUUUUGUAAUGUCGAAUCGGUCUGGUGAACCACAUCCAGUCAUCUGGUCAACUAGUCAUCAAGCCAUCCAGUCAACCAGUUUUUCCGUUCUCCUGUCGUCACGUCGUCCAGUUACCACAUCGUCCGUUCAACCGCCAUCCGUACUACAAGCGAUAUGUGUUUCUGUGUCCUGUCGUUUGUACAUCGUUGGUAGAUAUCGUCCAGACUCCGUAUCUUUGGUGGUAAAAAUCGUCCAGUCCCCGUAG